UAAAUAAUUUAAAAAAAUGAGUAGUUAAUAAUUAUAAAAGUUUUUAUUAAGUGAUGUGUCUUUGGGGAUCUUUUUGGCUGAAGAAGGCAGAAAAAUGAAAUUGAAACGAUUUGGAAGAAUUUCCCUGAAUGUUGGAAACCUAAACGAGGGAACAGGUUUUGUUUGCUGUCUCGCUCUGGCGUCAUACAAAUCGUUAGAGACAGGAAAGAGAUGCAAGAUGAGGGUUAGAGGAUCAAUGGCUUGGUCGAGAUAGCUCAAAUGAAGGAAAAGGAAACAGACGUGGAAUCGUACACUGAGGGAGUAAAUGGACACAGUGGUCUAAUAGGAAGAUCCUGGAGUAUGUUAUUUGCUGCUCAAGGCUACAAAGUGACGCUUUUCGACAUAGAUGACGCCAGGAUUUUUGACGCUUUAAAUUAUAUUGAAGGAGAAUUAAAAAGAUUAGAAGCAGCAAAUUUGUUGAGAGGAAAAUUGACUGCAAAACAGCAAUUUUCCUGCGUUUCUGGUUCCUCCAGUUUAGCAGAAGCCGUCAAGGGCGCCUUUUUCGUCCAGGAAUGCAUUCCUGAAAACCUGGAUCUUAAAAAAAAAUUAUACCAAGAACUUGAUGAAGUCGUUGGAGACAACACCAUAAUUUCAUCAUCAACCAGCACUUUUAUGCCAUCAUUGUUCAGCGAAAACCUGAAACACAGAUCACAGGUUUUGGUGUCUCAUCCAGUAAAUCCACCAUACUACGUUCCCCUGGUUGAAAUAGUACCAGCACCCUGGACAAAACCUGAAUUUGCUGCCAAAACCAGAGAAUUGAUGGAAGAAAUUGGUCAGGCUCCUGUUUCCCUGACCAGAGAAAUCGAGGGAUUCGCCUUGAAUAGAAUUCAGUAUGCUAUUUUAAAUGAAGUCUGGAGAUUGGUUGAACAGAAAGUCCUGGACGUCAAGGAUAUCGAUAAAGUCAUGUCUGAAGGUUUAGGGAUGCGUUAUGCCUUUUUGGGGGCUUUGGAAACAGCCCAUUUGAAUGCUGAGGGGAUGAAAAGCUACUGCGAUAGAUAUUCCAAGACAAUUUAUGCAGUUAGUGAAACUAUGGGUCCAACUCCAAAAAUGGAGGGGCCCCAAGCCCUAGAAGUUGCAAGACAGUUGGAAGAGAUGUGCCCCCUUGAUCAGUUGGAAAAACGAAGAAUUUGGAGGGACAAUUGUCUCACUAAAUUGAGCCAACUCAAAAAUGAAAUGAAAAAAGAGUCUUGAAGACUCUUGAAGAAGAAUUUUGCAUUUAUGAAUUUUUAGAAGAAUAUUAAUAACACUAAUGCAUAAAAUCCUUUACAAGCCGGAUAAACAAUGCUGAUUAAACUAAACACAUCGUUUGCAAAGUUUCCAACAAGGGCUCCUAAACAAACAGUUAUCGGAUACUUUUGCCAAGCC